AUGGGAUGGAAUAGUUGGAAUCAUUUUCAUUGUAAUAUCAAUGAAAAACUUAUUCAACAAACAGCUGAUGCAAUUGUAGCCACAGGUCUUGCUGCAGUCGGAUAUGAAUAUGUGAAUAUGGAUGAUUGUUGGCAAGUGAGUCGAGAUGCUCACGGUGUCAUUCAAGCUGAUCCACAAGCAUUUCCAAGUGGUAUUCCAGCUUUAGUUGAUUAUGUUCAGUCGAAAAAACUCAAGUUCGGACUUUAUUCAGAUGCUGGAUUCAAAACAUGUGCUGGUCGACCUGGUUCAUUACAUUAUGAAACGAUAGAUGCAAAGACUUAUGCUUCAUGGGGUGUAGAUUAUUUGAAAUAUGAUAAUUGUAAUAAUGAUGGAACCAAACCUGAAGUAAGAUAUCCUGUAAUGCGAGAUGCAUUGAAUGCAAGUGGAAGACCUAUCUUCUAUUCUAUGUGUGAAUGGGGUGUUGACACACCAGCUCUUUGGGCAGCAGAUGUUGGGAAUAGUUGGAGAACAACAGGUGAUAUUGGAGACAACUGGAAAUCAAUGUUGGAUAAUAUUGAUAUUAAUAAUGAAUUUGCCGAUAAAGCAGGACCAGGUGGUUGGAAUGAUCCUGACAUGCUUGAAGUUGGAAAUGGUGGUAUGACAGAUACUGAAUAUGUAACACAUUUUUCACUUUGGGCAAUUAGUAAAGCACCACUUCUAAUUGGAUGUGAUAUUAAUAAAAUGAGUAAUGCUACUAUUUCAACUUUGACAAAUCGUGAAGUAAUUGCUAUCAAUCAAGAUCCAUUAGGUGUUCAAGGAAAAAAGGUUGCUUUUCAAUCAUCACAAUCACCUAAUGCAUUAACUGAUGUAGGUAUCAUUAAUUGUUUAUCACCCACAUUAAAUAUUGAACCAAGACGUUUUCAAUGGAGAUAUAAUGCUAAAGAUGGAUCGAUUCGUUCAGUUUUGAACGGGAAAUGCCUGUCAAUCGAAAGCUGCAGUACUACCGAAAGCACAAAUAUUGUAUUGAGUGAAUGUCGUAUUAAUGAUCCACAAGCACAAUGUCAAGGAAAAAAUCAACAAUGGAUCAUUAAUACAGCUGAUCAAACUAUUGUUUCUCAAAUGAAUGGAAAAUGUUUGGAUGUUUUUAAUUUUGAUGGAUCCAAUGUGAAUGUAAUUUCCUGUAAUAAACAAAAUAAUCAACAAUGGAUAUGGAAUACGAUAGAUGGAACUAUUCGCAAUAAGCACAGUGGUCAAUGUUUAAUACAGGUACCUGAACUCGAAGUAUGGGCAGGUCCACUUGACGAUGGUUCAGCCGCUGUAGUUUUACUCAAUCGAGGAAAUAGUAGCGAGCCAAUCACUGUUCAUUGGAGUGAUAUCGGUUUUCCAACUAAAGAUUCAGCUCUCGUUCGAGAUUUAUGGGCUCACAAAGUUAUUGGAGCAUUUCGUGGUAAUUAUACAUCACCACCCAUAGAUCCUCAUGCAGUGAUGAUGUUGAAAAUUAGACUUUUUGCAAUAGGCAAAAAAAAUUAUUAA